UUUAAUGUCUUCUAUUACUUACAGGAAAUGGACAUGGCUGAGAAGCGUUUGAAAGCUGAGUGGGAAACAAUGCAAACGGAGCUGAACAAAUCUAGUGAAUCUUCAGUUCAUUCCAACACUAAGCUCGAAGGUCGAAAUGAUGCAGAAGCUUUAAUGGCUGCUACUUUGGAGAAGUUAGACAACAAAAAGAAAGAGCUGAGUUCUAUGGAAGAGAUAAUUAAAGAACUGGAGGAAAAAUGGACUCAGGUUCAGCAAGAUUCACUGAGGAAACCCUCCCCAGCACAAAGGGAGAAAGUUUUGGAUAAACAGCUUCACAGUUCGAUUGAACAACUAGCUGCUAAGCAAGCACAGGCAGAAGGCUUGGUCACUGAAAUCCAUCUCAAGAAACAAGAGUUAGAGAAGCUACAUGGAUCGUGGAGGCGGCUCGAGAGUGGGAACACAGAACUGAAUACUGCAAGAAACCGGUUUGUCGGAGGCAGCUUGGGAAGGGGUUCUUCGGAAUACAUUGUUGACUAUCCUUCUAGACCUUCACAAAUAGGAGGUCGAACAGAAAGCCAGCAGAGGCUCAUGUUACUCAGGUCUGCAUUUGUACUCUACGUUUUGGUCCUUCAUGUGUUAGUUUUCAUCAAGAUUUCAUUCUAAGCUCAUUUUAGAGACAAACACUUACCUUCUUCUCCUCUUGUUUAUAUGAAAAGUCUUAUGUAUAAUAUACAAUCAAACUUUGCUGGUUUCAUGCCAUUCUUCAAAUUGCAUGGUUUUACUGUAA